AUUGCUGCAGUCAAAAUCAGCAGCCAGUGUUUGAUAAAGACAGCUCCUCUUAGAAAGAACUAUCAUCUCCAAACACGUAGAGAGACACUCUCUCUUUCUAUUACAAUCAUUAUUUCUAGAAUGGAGAAGAUGAUGAUGAUGAUGAAGAUAUUGAUUAUGUUUGCUCUUGGAACGAACUACUGGUCUUGCUCAGGUUUCCCAGUGUACGACUACGAUCCAUCCUCCUUGAGGGACGCCCUCAGUGCCUCUGUGGCAAAAGUGAAUUCCCAGUCACUGAGUUCGUAUCUGUUUCGGGCAUUCAGAAGCUCAUUAAAAAGAGUUGAGGUCCUGGAUGAGAACAGCUUGGUCAUGAAUUUAGAGUUCAGCAUCCGGGAGACUACAUGCAGGAGGGAUUCUGGAGAAGAUCCUGCUACAUGUGCCUUCCAGAGGGACUACUAUGUGCCCACAGCUGUUUGCAGAAGCACCGUGAAGGUAUCUGCCCAGCAGGUGCAGGGCGUGCAUGCUCGCUGCAGCUGGUCCUCCUCCACGUCCGAGUCUUACAGCAGCGAAGAGAUGAUUUUUGGGGACAUGUUGGGAUCUCGUAAAUGGAGAAACAAUUCUCUAUUUGGUAAGUUAAGAUUUAUGAUUUUUGGGGACAUGUUGGGAUCUCGUAAAUGGAGAAACAAUUCUCUAUUUGAGAUCAUGAGAAGGGUUUUGCCUCCUGGAAACAGAAGAUACCCAAACCACCAGCACAGAGCAAGAAUAAAUGCUGACUUUGAGUAACAGCCUUGAGCAAAAUGCACUGGAAGGAAGAGAAGUUCCAACAAAGAAUGAUUUUGUGAGUUCUGCGAUUUUUCUUCUGAUCACUUUCAAUCUGUAAUAAAUGCCUUAUUUUUCUGGUAA